AGGACAGGAUCAGACGUCAACCAUUUUUACAAGUGUGCUUCCGUGAGAACCCAUAGGGAAGGGAGGUUUUUCCAAGUCGUGUACACCAGUCAUUCAUAAACGCUGUCGCGUUUUAGUUGAAGAAAAUGGUUCUAGAUCUGGACCUUUUUCGCACGGACAAGGGGGGCGAUCCUGAAAAGGUGAAGGAGACGCAAGCCAAGAGGUUCAAAGAUGUGUCGCUUGUGGAUAAACUGGUGGAAGCUGAUACAGAAUGGAGAAAAUGUCGUUUCUCGGCAGACAACUUGAAUAAAGCAAAGAACUUGUGCAGCAAGGCCAUUGGAGAGAAGAUGAAGAAGAAGGAGCCAGUGGGUGACGAUGAGACGCUUCCAGAAGAGGCCCAGAACUUGGAGGCCCUGACAGCAGAAACGCUCUCGACCCUCACAGUGACCCAGAUCAAACGAGUUCGGCUGCUGGUGGACGAGGCUGUUCAGAAGAGCGACAGCGAGCGCGCAAGCCUGGAGAGCCAGAGGUUUGAGUACCUGCGGGAGAUCGGCAACCUCCUACAUCCCAGCGUGCCCAUCAGCAAUGAUGAGGACGCUGAUAACAAGGUGGAGCGCACCUGGGGCGACUGCUCAGUGCAGAAGAAGUACUCACACGUGGACCUGGUGGUGAUGGUGGACGGCUACGAGGGGGAGAAGGGAGCUGUGGUGGCAGGCAGCAGAGGCUACUUCCUCAAGGGGCCGCUAGUUUUUCUGGAGCAAGCGCUGAUCAGCUACGCGCUGCAGACCCUCUACAGCAAGAACUACACCCCCCUUUACACCCCGUUCUUCAUGAGGAAGGAGGUCAUGCAGGAGGUGGCACAGCUCAGCCAGUUCGAUGAAGAGCUGUACAAGGUUAUUGGAAAGGGAAGUGAGAGAUCAGAUGACUCCUCAUUGGACGAGAAGUACCUGAUCGCCACAUCAGAGCAGCCAAUCGCAGCCUUCCUGAGGGAGGAGUGGCUGAAGCCGGAGGAUCUGCCGCUCCGCUACGCGGGAAUAUCCACCUGUUUCCGACAGGAAGUGGGAUCACACGGCCGCGACACUCGAGGAAUCUUCCGUGUCCACCAGUUCGAGAAGAUCGAGCAGUUUGUGUUCUCCUCGCCUCACGACAACAAGUCAUGGGAGAUGUUUGACGAGAUGAUCGGAACUGCGGAAGAGUUCUACCAGUCCCUGGGGAUCCCGUACCGUAUCGUUAACAUCGUCUCAGGCUCACUAAACCACGCAGCCAGUAAGAAGCUGGAUCUGGAGGCCUGGUUCCCGGGAUCCGCUGCUUUCAGGGAACUUGUGUCCUGCUCCAAUUGCACCGACUACCAGGCUAGACGCCUGCGGAUACGCUACGGCCAGACUAAGAAGAUGAUGGACAAGGCGGAGUUUGUGCACAUGUUGAACGCCACCAUGUGUGCCACCACUCGCGUGAUCUGUGCCAUCCUGGAGAACUACCAGACUGAGGAGGGAGUGGUCAUCCCAGAGAAGCUGCGCAACUUCAUGCCCCCAGGGAUGAAAGAGAUGAUCAAGUUUGUGAAGCCGGCACCCAUCGAUCAGGAGAUGUCCAAGAAGCAGAAGAAGCAGCAGGAGGGAGGGAAGAAGAAGAAGCAGGCUGAGGUGGAUGGCGCUCUCCAAAACCAAGUGGAGAACAUGUCCGUCAAUGACUCCUAGAGACACGCCACCCCCAUCCCAGUCCUUCUCCCCAGACGCCCAACUCCCCCACCCCCAGCCCCUACAUCUUCCCACAGUUCCUCACGAAACACACAGCUGUUCAGGGUCUACCGGGUAUCGCAUCUCUCGUUUGCUCCCUGCUGGCCCAGAAAAGAGGACCAGGGUGUGUAAGCUUUCAGCAGGAAACAUGAAGUCAAGAGACCGGCCACAGUAAAAAGGGUUAAACUUUUACCUGCUGCAUGCUUAUAAUAACUGACAUUGAUUAAAAAGGAAAUGAAAAUUUGGGUGUUUCCCUUGGUCAUAUCUCCUAAUCAGGGCCUCAGCGAAUGCACUGGGCUCCCCUGUAAAGUUGGCCAAGUGCUCCUACAGCAGUACCUCUCAUUUCAGGCCUUGCCAGUGCUGAGCAGAAAGCAGCAGUUACCUGCUGGUUCAACAGAUACACUUCAAAACCCAAUCAGGAACAACAAACAAGAGGACUCAACAUCCUGACCACACAUCAUGGGUUUCUAUAGCAGAUACUUAACUGUCGUGACAUGGUCAGCCAUCCCCCUGUAUGUCCACACUGGCUCCUUUUAGUCUAUCAGGGUUUUUGGUGGGAAAACUUGGCCAGUGAGUUUAUAUGAAAAUGGAAAGGUCCACAGAUCUGACGGUUAGCCAUUGCGUCUCCACCCUCUGUCCACUCGUUGCCUUCCUCCAUAGCUAAUACAAAGCAUCUGCUUCUUGUAAAGGUUAUUGUUCUUGUGAGGGAUUUAGGAUCAGAAUUCCUUGGCUGUAUUUAAUUGUAUUUAAUGCUGUCGAUCACCUUCAGUGGGCAA